AUCAGCUGUUGCGAAUGUUUACGUUUGCGAGUAUUGGCUGACGAGGGAGAAUUGGCGCAUGGUGGUGGAUCGCGAUCAUCGUCCAGUCCCUUUCGGUCCGUUGCGUUGCGCGGUUCGCAUAAUUUACUUAGUGCUUAUCGUGUUUAUUGCUGUGUGUGAAACGUGUCGCGCUGUCGCGCGUUUUAAUGCAAAUGCCAACGCGCACCUUUCCAUCUUUUUCAGAAACGGGAUAAGGAUUAAAUCAGUUUAAAAAUGGGGGGAAUGUUCAGAAGUGAGGAGAUGGCUCUUUGCCAGCUGUUCAUUCAGCCGGAGGCAGCUUACCUUUCCGUUUCUGAACUAGGAGAAACCGGUACGGUGCAAUUUCGUGAUCUGAACGGCGAUGUGAAUUAUUUUCAACGGAAGUUCGUCAAUGAGGUCCGACGAUGCGACGAAUUGGAACGAAAGCUUCGAUACAUCGAGGCGGAAGUCAGGAAAGAUGGUGUGCCGAUCCCGGAUAAUCUUACGGAACUACCGCGGGCUCCUAACCCACGUGAGAUUAUAAAUCUCGAGGCGCAUCUCGAGAAAACGGAGAACGAUAUACAAGAGCUGAGCCAGAACGGGGUGAAUCUGAAGAGCAACUAUCUUGAGUUGACGGAAUUUCAGCACGUGCUCGAAAAGUCGCAAGUGUUUUUCUCGGAGGAAGAGGCCAACGACUCGAUCACCAAGGCGCUCAUUAGCGAGGAAGCACCGAAUCCAGCAACUUCCAUUCGUGGACAUCUGGAAUUCGUCGGUGGAGUAAUAAAUCGCGAACGAGUUCCUGCCUUCGAGAGAAUGCUUUGGCGUAUAUCUCGUGGAAACGUAUUUCUUCGACAAACCGAAAUUGAAAAGCCAUUGGAAGAUCCAGCUACGAGCAACAAAAUUUAUAAAACAGCUUUCGUGGCGUUUUUUCAAGGAGAACAGUUGAAAACUCGUAUUAAGAAGGUUUGCAUCGGUUUCCGUGCUUCACUUUAUGAUUGUCCGACGAGUCAGGCUAAACGUCAGGAAAAACUGAAAGCUGUGCGAACACAGUUGGCGGAUCUUAACUUGGUAUUAAAUCAAACGCAAGAUCAUCGUCAACGUGUUCUGCAUAAUGUAGCGAAAGAAUUGCCAAAUUGGAGUAUUAUGGUUCGAAAGAUGAAAGCUAUUUAUCAUACGAUGAAUUUGUUUAACAUGGAUGUGUCGAAAAAAUGUCUUAUUGGAGAAUGUUGGGUGCCUAUUGCCGAUCUUGGGACCGUGCAAAAUUGCCUUACAGAAGGAUCGCAACAAUGCGGGAAUUCUAUACCAUCGUUUCUCAACGUGAUCCAUACGGAUGAAAAUCCCCCGACGUUUAACAGGACAAAUAAAUUUACAAGAGGAUUUCAAAAUCUGAUUGAUGCAUACGGCGUGGCAUCCUAUCGCGAGGCUAAUCCGGCGCUUUACACCAUCAUUACGUUUCCCUUCCUGUUCGGCGUUAUGUUCGGCGAUGCUGGUCAUGGAUUGAUACUGACGCUUUUUGGCACUGCCAUGGUGUUACGGGAGAAGAAGAUCAUCGCUCAAAAAUCGGACAAUGAGAUCUGGAAUCUAUUUUUCGGCGGUCGUUACAUCAUCCUUCUCAUGGGUCUGUUUUCCAUCUACAGCGGUUUCAUCUACAAUGAUAUAUUUGCAAAGUCAGUUAACAUAUUCGGAUCUAGUUGGAGGGCCACGUAUACGACUCACGAUGUAAUAUAUAACAAGACGUUGGACUUGUUGCCAGAGGCGAAGGCGAAACACUAUCUGCAGAAGCCAUAUCCUUUGGGCAUAGAUCCGGUUUGGGCGCUCGCUCACAACAAAAUUGUAUUUCAGAAUUCGUUCAAAAUGAAGUUAUCCAUCAUUUUCGGCGUCGUACACAUGAUUUUCGGUGUGUGCGUGAACGUGGUCAAUAUUAUGUAUUUCAAGAAGUAUUCCAGUUUCUUCCUUGAAUUUCUACCGCAAUUGUUCUUCCUUAUCUUCCUGUUUUUUUACAUGACUGCCUUGAUGUUUAUUAAAUGGAUUUUGUACAACGCUUCGUCUGAUGAUAUAGGACGAAGACCAGGUUGUGCACCAUCAGUUUUGAUUACGUUUAUUAACAUGAUGCUCUUCAAAAAUGCCAUUGUGCCCGAAGGUUGCUCCCAAUACAUGUUUGAGGGACAGGAUAUUUUGCAAAAAGUUCUCCUGUUUUCCGCUGUAGCAUGCGUCCCCGUGAUGCUGUUUGGAAAACCGUUAUUUAUAGUAUGCUCAAAAAAAAUUAAAACUUCAGGGAAAUCUUACAGCAACGGAAGUGCGUCCCAGGACAUCGAAUUGCAGCCGCAGGAAUUACAGAACACGGGGGCGAGUAACGAUGCGGCAGGUGGUCACGGUCACAAUGAAGAUAGCUUCGGUGAGCUGAUGAUUCAUCAAUCUAUCCACACCAUAGAAUAUGUCUUGUCUACCGUCUCGCACACUGCCUCCUAUCUACGGUUGUGGGCGCUGUCUUUGGCUCAUUCCCAGCUAUCUGAAGUGCUCUGGAACAGAGUAUUGCGAAUAGGCUUAGGCGCUGGAGAAGAUCAGUAUCAAAAUAGCAUCAUACUAUUUUUCACCUUUGCCGUCUGGGCCUUCUUUACCAUUGUCAUUCUUGUCAUGAUGGAGGGCUUGUCGGCAUUUCUUCAUACACUUCGACUUCACUGGGUCGAGUUUAUGACUAAGUUCUACGAGGGUCUAGGAUAUCCCUUCCAGCCAUUUUACUUUAAGAGUAUUUUAGACGCUGAAGACGCCGAAGAGUAAAUUGCCGCUAGUCCACACAGCAAUAAUUGUUAGAUGUAUGUUUAUUGAACAUAUUGCGGGCGAAGACCUCUUUAUAUAUUAAGUAUUUUCGUAUACGAAAUCUUGUCUUGUUGCCUGGGGAAGUAGAAACAGGACUGAAUCACUGUGAAUUGUUUCAAACAAGUCUAAUGUGCCUUCUUUAGUAAUUUUAGCCAUCAAUUAUCUAUGUCGAAAUCAUAUCUCGGUCGAAUAUGCACGGUAAUUGCGAUAACAUUUUUAAAAUAUAUAUUGUCUUUAUUUUUUUUUAUCCGCGGAUGACAACGCCGGAUGGGAAGCCGAUGCGUGUCAUAAACAUUUAUUAUAUUUUUACAUUAAAUAUUUAUAGCCUUUUUAACUCUAUUUAACUUGCCGAAUUCGCAUGAGCAAAUCUAAAAAUUCGUUUGUAAAAUCGGCUAUAAUAAAUUGUCGCCAUUUAAUAAAUUUUUCUUGAUUUUUAUCUAUCUGCAUUUUGUAUGUCGAUUUUUUAAAUUAUUUAUAAUUUAAAAAGAAGAGCAAAUAUAAUAAUGUUUGCACUUAAUAAAAAAGUUUUAAGUGAUAUUUGAUUAAUUUAACUAAAAUAAAAGCUGAUUCGUUCAAUCAUGUCCAUUAUAUAUACAUUUAAUAAUUAUAAUACGAAAUGAAAAAAAAUAUAACAAGUGCGCAUGAUCCAGUAACCAACGCUACUACUAUUACUACUGUUGUCUAGUGCGUAUUGUAUUCAUUCCAUUAAUUACCUAGUAACGUGGAUAUGCCAUAGUCGAUAGCUCGUCCUUAAACAAUUCUCGUCGCGCGUAGUAAUAUUUGAUAAUGUCGUGUAAUGCCAUUAUAAUAAUAGCAUUGUCGUAUGCGCACGAUAUUAUAGUCAUUUUCCGC